UAGUUUUAUCUUGCUAAUUUUAGAGAAGGUUAUUCACACUAACAUGGCUUAUAUUACUAUAAGUUACCAGAGCAAUUUGUUUUUCUUUUUGUGGGAAUUUAAACACUGUUAGGGGUGUGCUUCCACACUAUUAAAGAUAAUGAGCUUUUCCGGUUUAUCUAGUUUGUAGAUGAUUUUAGUUGACUCCAAUUAGUUUGGGAUUGAGGCUUAGUGAAUGACAGUUGAUUGUAAAGUAGAGUAUUCCUUUCCGUGGAAAAGCCACAUUUUUCACUAAAGAGAGUCAAAAUAUAGAGGAGUAAACACACGAAGAAGCCAAGGGGAUUCAACAUAGUUUAUAUAUCUAUAAAAGUAAUUUUACCGAUCUACACAGUGUAACUUUCCAGCAAAAGGGUGCCAAUUGACACUCCUUGGACAAGGGUAGCUCUGUCACUAAUUCCUUUACCAUUUGUAUUCAAGUUUCUUCUUGAGACAGGUUUACUUAUUGCAUGUUCGGUGAAGAUGGUGGUAAGAACUGUAGAUCUUCGCUCAGACACAGUCACUAAACCAACUGAAGCCAUGCGGAACGCAAUGGCCAAUGCUGAAGUGGAUGAUGAUGUCUUGGGUUAUGAUCCAACAGCCCAACGCCUUGAAUCUGAGAUGGCAAGGAUAACAGGCAAGGAAGCAGGAUUAUUUGUUCCUUCAGGCACUAUGGGCAACCUUAUUAGUGUGCUGACUCAUUGCCAAAUUAGGGGCAGUGAGAUUAUUCUUGGUGAUUAUUCCCAUAUCCAUAUUUAUGAAAAUGGAGGUAUUUCCACCCUUGGAGGUGUUCAUCCAAGGACAGUGAAGAACAAUGAAGAUGGUACCAUGGAUCUUGAUCUGAUUGAAGCUGCGAUUCGAGAUCCUAGAUUUGAAAUAUGUUACCCGACCACUAGGCUGAUCUGCUUGGAGAAUUCACAUGCUCACUCAGGAGGCAGAUGCCUUUCUGCGGAGUACACAGACAAAGUCGGAGAGCUAGCAAAGAAGUAUGGUCUGAAGCUUCACAUUGAUGGAGCUCGUAUAUUCAAUGCAUCAGUUGCACUUGGAGUGCCUGUUCAUAGGCUUGUACAGGCUGCUGAUUCAGUUUCGAUAUGCUUAUCAAAAGGUCUUGGUGCUCCAGUUGGAUCUGUAGUUGUUGGUUCGAAGAGCUUCAUUGCCAGGGCCAAAAUCCUGAGGAAGACUCUAGGUGGUGGAAUGAGGCAAGUUGGUGUCCUUUGUGCUGCUGCUUUUACCGCUUUACAAGAGAAUCUUGUUAAGCUGGAAGGAGAUCACAGAAAGGCUAAGAUUUUGGCCGCUGAACUUAACAAAAUCAAAGGGCUUAAAGUUGAUGUUGCUACUGUAGAGACUAACAUUGUAUAUUGCGAUAUACUGAAGGGGUCAAAGAUCAGCGAAAUAGAGUUGAUCAAGACUUUGGAACAAUAUGGUUUACUUUUAUUACCAGAAGGCCCACUGAGAGUCAGAUUUGUUAUGCACCACCAGAUUUCAGAAAGUGAUGUGCACUAUGCUGUGUCUUGCCUUCAGCGAGCUUUAGCAGGAGUAGCUGAAGAAAAUGGUGACAAGUAACCGGAUAAACGGUUUCAGACAUGAUCUCUUUUUGUUAGAAGCUGUUUCAAAUGCUACACGGGAUAAGCCAGUUUCAUUUGCUAAUUUAGUCAAUCGUUAAACUUUUCAUUUCAUGUCCUUUUAGUGAUCAAAAAACUUUGUUUGUCUUCAUAUGUUUAUGGUUGGACUAGUUUUAAAAUUUAUCCUUUUGAUUUAGUAA